UCCAUAGACAAUUUUUGUGAAACGUCUCGCUCGCUCUCUCGCUUCCAUGUUUGUUCGUGGUAAUUUUGCAUUUUUGUGCUAGAUUUUGAAGAUUUAUCGUUCAGAUUUUAUGUUUAUUCAUAGCAGUGUGUGAUUAAUGAAAUUUUCGGCAUCACGGCGACGUUAUAAGGAUUUAUCGCCCAAGGAAAAGUGCAUAACGGCGAUAUAAUAACAGGGAGGGCGAUGGCGACAAACAGAAGCGGGGCGCAGCGUCCGAACGGCGCGCCGCAGACCAAGGUGUGCCAGUUCAAGCUGGUGCUACUGGGCGAGUCGGCCGUGGGCAAGUCGUCGCUGGUGCUGCGCUUCGUCAAGGGCCAGUUCCACGAGUACCAGGAGAGCACGAUCGGCGCCGCCUUCCUCACGCAGACCGUGUGCCUCGAUGACACCACCGUCAAGUUCGAGAUAUGGGACACGGCGGGACAAGAGAGGUAUCACAGCUUAGCGCCAAUGUACUACAGAGGCGCGCAGGCAGCUAUCGUCGUCUACGACAUCACUAAUCAGGACACAUUCGGUCGCGCCAAGAACUGGGUGAAGGAGCUGCAGAGACAGGCGUCGCCGUCGAUAGUGAUCGCGCUGGCGGGCAACAAGAGCGACCUGGCCGCCAAGCGGAUGGUGGAGUUCGAGGAGGCGCAGGCCUACGCCGACGAGAACGGCCUGCUGUUCAUGGAGACCAGUGCCAAGACCGCCAUGAACGUCAACGACAUAUUCCUAGCGAUCGCGAACAAGUUACCAAAGAGCGAGAGCGGCGGCGGCGGCGGCGCGGCGGGCGCGCGGCGCCUGGCCGACGGGGACACCCCGCGCGCCUCCUCCUGCUGCAAGUGAUACCACCACCAGACAAAACCGCUACUCGGCUCGGGCGCAGGCGGGGGCGCGGCGCGGCCCGCUCGCGUUAUAAACAAAGCUAAUUAUAAAACGAUACCUAGAUUUAAACACUUAUUUGUAAUGUAACGAGAUGUAAUAAAGAUAUAUUUAAUUUCGUUUGUAUCAUGUUAUAAGUCGCACGCGCCCGUAGUGUAAGGGAUACUUAACGAUUUCGUUGACUUUCCGCGCGCCGCCGCGCUCCGCUGGCUCCGUCGGGAUCUAAUAUGCGCGAGGGUCGAUUCUGGGGCGCACGACACGUAUCCCAUCCCUCCUUUCUGCUUGAAAUGAGGAAGAAGGAGACGAAUUCUGCGUCGAAUCUCCCGAAAUCGCCGCCUUGAGUUUGACACUCGACAGUUUUGUAGAUAAAUAAACGUUGAAAUUACAAAAGCUAUAAAAUUAAGUACUCUCGGACGCCCAGCGGAGCGCGGCGUCGCCGCACGGAGCCGAAGCUUCACGUUAAAAUUGUGGUGAAGGUGCAUUUACAUUCAUCGUCGCGCGGCCACGCUUUGGCCGCUCGCUCGCCGACCGCGGCCCGACCGGCGCUAAACGUAGUCCAAAUUAAAAUAAUGAACUUGUCAAUGUUGUUUGGACGUGCUCCUCUUUAAUUCUGGUCACAAUGAUGGCGUCCUUUAUGAAAUGAACAUUCUGGCCCGGCGUCGGCAGCAGGCGUCACAAUGAGAUUGUGCGGGCGGGCGGCGCCGAGCGUGGCGCGUCCCAUCUCUCAUAUUCUUCGCUUCACUCAUCAUGAUUUCAAAUCAUUUUGUCCACAAGGUCCUAGGCUAAUAUUACUCACCUAUAUCUCAUCGUUCGUCCGUUUUAUGCGCUUCAAUAUCGCCUACAAACCCCGAGCCACCUCGAGCCUCGCGCUCGUCGCGCGUGCUGUUAAUUUACAACUUAUUGAAACGUGUAUAACAGACUCCCAUUUCUUAUUUAGUUCAAAAUAAAAUAUAUGCAUAUAGUUAUUUAAAUUUAGAUUUACACAUCUCAGUUAGAUCGUUAUAGUUAUUUUAAACACUAAUAAAAUUAUUGGAUGGACAAAUUGUUCUUACUAUUAUGUAUAUUGUCUGUAUAAUUAUAUAUUUUAAGUGAAAUGUAUCACAGUUGAUCUUGUGACUCGCGUCACUGUUUUUUAUGAUUCGUCGCAUUCCAUGUACGAGGGAAUUUACUAAUUAUUUGGGCUUGUGGAAUCUGUACAUUACAAACUAUGGAACAUAGGACAUAAAGUAAAGCUGUAGUAGUUGCGGUUCGGCGUGUCGGACCUUACGCUCGACAGUCAGUGUACAUGAUCGCUUCAGCCACCGGCUCGCCUGUUGCGAGUCACUCUCAGUGUUGUUUCUUACUUUCAAUGAAAUGAUUAGAUUUUAUCGAAGUUCUUCACGAAUGGCUUUUAAAAAUUUUGUGAAUAGUAUUUCGCGGCGCGGCCGGAGUGAGAAUGACUCGCACUCCAUUUGUGAUGGCUUGCGUCCCCUGAUUUUGUAGUACGUAUGUAAUACUUUAGAGAAAUGUUUAUUUAUCCGGAAGUUAGGAAGUGACCACCUCCGCUCGAGCGCUCCGAAUCGCGCGCGUUCAGACGUCCCGGUAAAUAACUCGCGUCGUUUUACAACCGUUGAUACUUGUAGGUUUAAAGACUAUGAAAUGAUAGUUUGGAAAUGUAAUAAUGUAAAGUCCAUUACCGAAAACGAUAACGAUUUCAUACCGUAUUCUGGUGUGCGAGCCUAUUACAAUUUUUACAUAGAUAGUAUAUGUAUAACGUUAUUGGAAAGUAAAUAUUGAAAUUAUUUUAUAUCGUAUUAUUUAACGGCUGCAUACCAAGAAGGUGCAAUAUGUAACGAGCGGCCGCCCCCGGCUACCGGCGAAGUCGAACUUUGCCGCUUACAACCCAACCCCGAGUCACGACCGCCCAGCGUUGCGUCUACUCAGAGAAAAAUAGUAUUUACGUAGUUCUUA